CAGACACAGACGCCCGACACAAACACAACAGCCGACGAGGGGACCACUAUCUAGGAUAUCUCCGGUUUUAUCACCUGUGUCUGACUCGAAGGACUUGCCGAAGGACUCAAGAUAAUGAUGUCGAGGUCACUCAGGGCAGAGACUCGCUCCCGAGGGAAGGAGGACUCCAAAAGGCCCAUGCAGUCGUUAGAUAAGGUCCGACGAUGGGAGAAAAAGUGGAUUACGAUUCAUGACACCACAAUGAAGAUUUACAAAUGGGUACCAAUAGCUGAUGAACGUAAGAAGAAGAGUGGCAGUAGCCCAAACAAAGAAAACAGAAUCUCUAGUCGUGAUAGCAGCAUGUCUGCAUUUCAGAUGGGUGGUGACGAUUCUACAGCUAUGUCUGUGAUGAGUGACUCUCAAGAUGCAACUGACUUCUCUUGCAGUCAGUUCAACAUUUCAGAAGAUUCCAACUCAGAGCCACCAUUUAAAAAGAAAAUUCAGCAGAAAAUUGAGAGGAAAGCUGAUUUUUGUACUUUAACAUUGAGAGUUAUAUAA